AAUGCAAGGACAUUUCGUGAGUGGGAAGUGUAUAAAAAGCGACUUGACAAAUCUAAGUCCAUUCUUUUUAAGCAGUUUAUGGAGUUUAUGCAAGAACGUGCAGACUUUAUUGAGACAUUAGAACGCGCUCAGCUUUCUAAAACUAAAAAAUCACCUGACAUUCCGACAAAGCAUAAUGCGAAACUUAAGUCUAUGGUGUCUUUGAGCGAUAAUAUUAACUCAUCUUCUCAUAGUUUUCUUUGUCCGGAAUGUAAUGGAGAUCAUUACCUUAGUACUUGUCCACAAUUUCUAGCAUUGAGCAUUGACGAGAGAAUGUCAGUAGUGCCUAAAUAUAAAGUUUGUUAUAACUGUUUUCAUCGCGGGCACUAUCCUAAAAAUUGCAAACGAUCAGGGUGUAAAGUUUGCAAUUAUAAACAUCAUACGCUGAUUCAUAACACGAAUUAUAAGUCAAAACAUAUUAACAAUAAAUCAAAGCAUCGCUCGAUUGGUAGUGAACGAUCCGAAGUGUCCCCAUCCGCGGGCGCCGAGGACUGUGCUGUCACCCCUAAUGCUCACUCAGUUGCACUGUCGGCAAAUCUUACUGCACAUUCGCAUACAAGCAACUUGCCCGACAUUCUUCUGUCGACUGCUUUAAUCAGAUGUUACGAUAAUAAUAAUAAAGAACACAUUGCACGUGCUCUUCUUGACUCAGACAGUUCGUCGUGUAUAAUGUCAGAAAAACUGUUUAAGCAAUUAAAUAUACCAUCUAAAUAUACUAAUAAAUCUAUACAAGGCAUUAAUAAUUUACUGUCACAAGUAGAGAAAAUGUGUCGUGUUCGUAUUAAAUCACUAUGCGAAUCUUAUUGUGAUAAUUUAUUAUGUUUGGUUUUGCCGACAAUUACCGAUAAUGUGCCUCAUAGGCAGAUGCAUUUAAAUAUACCAACAGAUAUACCUUUAGCUGAUCCGUAUUAUCACACUCCAGCACCGAUAGACAUGAUAUUAGGAGCUGAUGUAUUCUGGAAUUUACUAGGAUCAGAAAGAAUCGUAUUAGGGAAUCACCAGCCUAUUUUAUUUGAAACUAGACUUGGUUGGGUAGUCAGUGGCCCAAUUAAUACCGGUUUAGCUAAUAAGUUUAAUCAACCUGUCAAAUGCAAUUUUGUAACCAUUGCUAAUGACAAAUCUUCACAAUUAGAUGACUUACAAACUCAGUUAUCGCUGUUUUGGCAAAUAGAAGAAAUAAGCCAGCAUGAGUCAUCCACUUAUUCAGUUGAAGAAGCACUUUGUGAAGAACAUUUUGUCAAGAAUACGAUACGUUUAGAAAACGGUCGGUUCUGCGUUAGAAUUCCGCUGAAAGUAUCUUCUGAUACUUCAGGUGAUUCAUUUCAUCGUGCAAAACGAUGCUUUUUAGCCAUAGAGCGUAGAAAAAAGCCUUUCAUUGAAGAAACUUUACACGCUUUACCUGAACUCAAAACACAUGUUUGUUUUCAUAACAUUUAUAACGACAAACAUUUUGACAAUGGUUUGAUUAACUUUGAGCGUUUUUCAAAUUUUAUAAGGUUACAACGAGCGGUUUGUUUUAUGUUUCGAUUCAUUAAAAGGUGUAAGGGCCAGUCAAUUAAUAGUGAAUAUUUAUCCGCUCACGAACUGCAGGAUUCACUCAAUUUAAUUAUUAUUCAAUCACAAAAGGAAUCAUUUUAUGAAUAUGAUUUAUUAUUAAAUAAUCAGAAAUUACCUCAUAAAAUCGACUUCUUAAGUUUAAUGUUUUUCUGGAUGAAAAUAAAAUCAUCCGUUUAGGAGGUAGAUUGCAUCAUUCAGAAUAUUCUUUUGAGAAAAAACAUCCAAUUUUAUUACAGUCCACUCAUCAUUUUACAAAACUUUUAUUUAAAUAUGAGCAUCGAAAAUUAAUGCAUGCAGGUCCCCAAUUAUUAUUGGCUACAAUAAGAGAAACUUACUGGCCUUUGGGUGGUCGCAACUUAGCCAGAUUAUGCUAUCGUCAGUGCGUUCGCUGUCAACGUUUUAAGGGACAAGUUGUUCAAACACAAAUGGGCAAUUUGCCAUCAAACAGAUUGUCACCAGCUGACUUUCCUUUUCAAAGUGUAGGCGUUGACUACGCGGGUCCCAUAACAUCGGUUAAUCGUCAAGGUCGUGGAUGUAAACUAAUGAAAGUUUAUAUUGUAAUUUUUGUGUGCUUUACGACUAAAGCCACACAUUUAGAAUUAGUGGGCAAUUUGACGAGCAGCAACUACUUACAGGCUUUGCGUAGGUUUAUGUCCCGAAGAGGAAAGCCUCUUCAUAUUUAUUCAGACAAUGGGACAUCAUUUGUAGGAGCCUAUAAU